AUGUCCCAACCUCCUUCUUCCCGACGGACGACCUCGACCCAGGGCUCAUCACGAUUAGCUCUGUCAGUCGGGAAGACCGCGAACGGGACUGGAGCACCUGUGUCCGCUCCUGAGCGGCAUCCGCUCAAGCACGAUUGGUCUGUAUCGUAUGUGCACAGACCGCCGGGAACGAAGGUGGACUAUGAGAAGGAGAUCAAGCGUGUGGCUACGUUUGGAUCUAUAGAAUCAUUCCUCCACAUCUACUCCCACCUUAUCCCGCCUAACGAGCUCCAGCCCGUCACAGACGUGCUGGUUUUCCUCGCUCGGAUCCCCACACCCGGUACAUGGGAAUGUAUGCCCGACGGAGGGAAAUUCACCAUUCGCCUUGUCCACCCCAUCACCCCCCUCCUGUUUGAAUCUCUCCUCUUCGCACUGAUAGGCGAUCAGUUUGACGAGGAGGACCGGGUGGUGGGAUGUGUGCUGAGUGCGCGGCAGCCGGAGGAUCUGAUUAGUGUCUGGGUGGAGGAUGAGGGGGAGGCAUUGCGGAGUGGGGCGCUGAGGGAGAAAAUCCUCGCACUCCUCAAUCUCCCACCAUCAGCGAUAUGUGAAUACCGCUCGAACCGCGCCCUCCUCGACGCCGUCGGAACCGGCAAUAAUACCGGUCCGAUAGGCAACCCCCAGUCGAAUGGUCCCACCUCAACAAUGGCCACUCCCAUGUCCAACUCCACAUCCAAUCCGUCCGGUGCGGACAGGUCGCAGCCGUCGAAUAGGAGUUAUAACUCACAUGCGGCAGAAGAGGGCGGAGGGGGAGGCUAUGGGCAGCGGUAUGGCCGGGAAGGGGAUGGAGGGGGGGUGCAGGGGCAAGGGCCGAGGACAGGGAUGGGUGGGUUUGGGGGUAGGGAUGGGCAAAGGAAUGGGUGGGGAGGGGCCGUAGGGGCACGGAGGGAAUAA